GUCUGCACGUUGUGACAUGUCGUCUGCUGGCUGUAUAUCAUCAAGUAUUCAAGAGCUUUUCGCGGCUGACUCGUGAUCAGCGCCUCGCCCUCGUCUGCCGGGCUCCCCCCGUGGGAUGACGGCACGAGCCCGCGACCCCCACGUCAGCGCCAUGUCCUGGAGAGUGUCGGUGGUGGAGACACUGUCACAACAGCCGCUGACACCAAGUUGACACAGCGGCCAGUGGCUGUGUUUGUUCUCGCCCAGUGCCGGCUGUCCCUCUACCUGUCCCUUUGUAGUCGUCUGCCGAAACUGCUGCUCAAACGUUUGUAACCCGCACUGAGGUACCGGCCACGGUUGGAAAGUUGUUUAUGUCGUGGUGCAGUUGAGCAGACGACGCGAGGGCGAGAACGAGGCUGUGGUGUCAGGUACCUGCGCGUGUCACUGACACCAGACACGCCUCGUGCAGGUACCGUCGUCACUUUCCCACCCACCUACCCACGCAUCAGCGAGUUUGUCGGUCGUGAUCACCGACAACUUAUUCCACAACCCAGCGAGACUGCGACAACAGUCGGUGCGACAAGGCUGCAAGGGUCAACUGAGGUCACAGGGGUUGAACAUGAAUUUCCUGCACCGACUGGGCGACAAGUGCGGCGUGGACCUGCGGCCCGUCCUACCUGGCCGCUCAACCAACACCCGGAGGAGAGCCAAGAGAAAUCCCUUCGAGGGCCUAGGGUACCAGCGCUACGACCAGCUCCAAGCCAAGUGUCUGCAGGAGGGUCUGCUCUUUGAAGACCCGGAGUUCGAAGCUGUGCCGGAGUCCAUCUACUUCAGCAACCGGAGCUCGCGCCCCAUGGUGUGGCUGCGACCUGGAGAGAUAUGCAACAAUCCUGAAUUCAUUGCAGAAGGAGCCAGUCGCUUUGAUGUCCGUCAGGGUGAACUGGGAGACUGCUGGCUUCUGGCUGCAGUGGCAUCCCUUACAUGCAGCAAGGAGCUGCUUAGUAAGGUGGUGCCCCCUGAUCAAAACUUCACCAAUGACUACUGUGGCCUGUUCCGCUUCAACUUCUGGCACCAGGGAGAGUGGCAGGAAGUGGUUGUGGAUGAUCGCCUGCCUACAUACAAUGGACAACUUGUUUUCAUGCAUUCCACACAGAAAAAUGAGUUUUGGAGUGCACUUUUGGAAAAGGCUUAUGCAAAACUGAAUGGGUCAUAUGAAGCGCUGAAGGGAGGUAGCACAUCAGAGGCCAUGGAAGACUUCACAGGUGGUGUGACAGAAAUGUUUGAACUUCGAGCAAAGACACCUCCCAACCUUUUGAAAAUCAUGCUGAAGGCUUUUGAGCGUGGCUCACUCAUGGGGUGUUCUAUUGAUGCUGAUGCUGGUCGAAUUGAGGCGGAGUUACCUAAUGGGCUCAUUAUGGGACAUGCCUAUAGCGUAACCUCUGUAAACAUGAUGGAUAUCAAGACUCCGCGAUUUGAAGGGCAAAUUCCAAUGGUGAGGGUUCGAAACCCUUGGGGCAAUGAGUGCGAGUGGAAAGGUGCCUGGAGUGACAAGUCCAGAGAGUGGAGCUUGAUUACUGAGGAUGAGAAGGCUGAACUCGGCCUCACUUUUAGUGAUGAUGGUGAAUUUUGGAUGUCCUUCAAAGACUUCACAGAAAACUUCCAGAAGCUGGAGAUCUGCAACAUUGGCCCUGAUUCUCUGAAUGAAGAGAUGCUGACAAAUAAGAAGCGCUGGGAGGCACACAAAGAGAAUGGUGCCUGGACACGAAGGGUUAACGCUGGUGGUUGUCGCAACUAUCUGGAUACCUUCUGGACCAACCCUCAGUAUCGCAUAACUCUGACUGACCCUGAUGAUGAUGAUGAUGAUGACCUGUGCACAACAAUUGUGGCCUUGCUGCAGAAAGACCGACGCAAGAAACGAAAGGAGGGUUUGGAUUUGCUGACCAUUGGCUACGUCAUAUACAAGCUGGAUGACCCCAACCGAGGCCCCCUUGACGUUAAGUUCUUCAAAUACAAUGCAUCUGUUGCCAAGUCCCCGACCUUUAUCAACAUGCGAGAGGUAUGUGGCCGCCACCAACUGGCACCAGGUACCUACGCCAUUGUUCCAUCCACCUUUGAGCCCCAGCAGGAAGGUGAAUUCCUGAUCAGAAUGUUCACUGAAAAAGCCAAUCAGUCUGGAGAAAUUGAUGAGCAGACAGCGUAUGUAGAUGAUGGGCGAAGACGCCCUGGUGUACCCAGUCAGCCUGGUCGCCCCUUAGCACCAGCAGGUCCAAGCAAACCACUGCCAGAUACAGAAAAGCCAAAGGUCGAGGAGAGGCCAGCACCAACAGCAGAGGAGAAAUUUCAAGAAAAGGAGCUGAAGGAAAGAUUCAAGCGCAUUGCUGGAGAAGACAUGGAGAUUGAUCCAUAUGAACUGAAGGACAUUCUUAAUGUUGUCUUCACAAAAGAGGACUGUUUCGAGUUCUCCUUCCCAGGAUUCGCCAUAGAUUCUUGUCGCAGUAUGGUGGCCAUGCACGAUGGUGAUCUGUCUGGAAAACUCGGUUAUGAUGAAUUUAAAGAUUUGUGGGCAGACCUGCGACAGUGGAAGGGUGUCUUUAAGGAGUAUGACAGAGACAAGAGCGGAAAUCUCAACUCCCUGGAACUGAGAGGUGCCCUCCACAGUGUUGGCUUCCGUCUGAGCAACAAGACUCUUCAGUCCAUUGUGAUGCGAUACAGCGACAAGAAUGGCAACAUUGACUUUGGUGACUUUGUUCUCUGUGCUGUCCGCCUCAAGACUAUGCUGACUUCUUUCCGUGGCCGCGAUCCGGAGAAUAAAGGCAUAGCUCCAUACGACAUCGAGAGCUUCAUCCAGACAACAAUGUAUUCAUAAAUGGAAACAUGCAAUUGGGACAUCUGAUGGCUGAAGGAUUAAGCAAACACAGAAGUCUUACAAACAACCAUAGCACCCACCACCAUCCAUCUUGAUGGUGAAGUUGAAAUGGAUGUGAUGAAAAGCCAGAGACGCUGUAAUCCACUUUUGACAGUUUCUUAAUUUCUUGUGAUGAUGUUAUUGUGGCAGUGUAAUCAGGCAUCUGUUGCCCAAGUUUGUGAUUGCAAUAUUUUGGUGGAAUUCUUUCAAACUACUUUCUGAUUCUUUUGCAAAGAAGAAUGGGUUGCCACAGGGCAGUAUGACAAAGUUUUGCACAGGCUUAAUUCUUACAUUUCUCAGACAUUUGGUACUACUGCCAUGUAUAGAAAACGUGUAACUGCACAAAGAAAGGAUUAAGCACAUGGACAAACUCAGCACGUGAACAAAGUAAACGCUGUUACAUAUCCAAUUACUCUUACUGCCCUGUUAUAUGCUGAGUGCCUACGACAUCUAGCUCCUCCUGUUCUGUGUUACCCCAUGCCACUGGUACCAUCUUUAUUAUUUGUAUUAAAGUCUUCAAGCCAAUCAUGUAGAGCUGAUUGCUGAACCCAGAAUGUUUGCCAUGUCUUUUGUAGAGAAUCAUUGUUCUUCAGAUUCAAGUUUUUAUUUACAUACAUUAUUUGUGGUGUAGAUAUAGACAUGACUCUUUUUAUUUUUAUUCUUGUUAUAAUUUUUAGAAAAAUGCAUUUUCAAAAUGCACAAUAUUAUUCUGAAGGUGAUAUUGACAGGCAGUUGCGGUUUGUACAGAUGCCUUUUGGUGAUGAUGUUGAAGUGAUACAGGAUGUCUCGAGCCAUAAAGCAGGAUCUUUCACUGAGAACCAUAUAGUUACUCAUGUUUCUCAGAUUUUUAUACUCCCAGUUUGGAAUGAAUUGUGAACUGUUAGAUCAUUAUUUUCCUAUUUUUCAAGUCUCGUAAAUGUGUGUGCAUUUGUUACACACUUGAAGAUGUUCUAGAAUGACAUUUACCUUUGCUGCUGAUCACCUGCAGAGUGUCCAGCUUGGACAUCACAAUUGCCAGAACAGAGAUGCGUCUCUACAGCCAUACAACUGGCUUAGGCUGGGCAUUUUCUUAAAAUCUUCAUGUCAGCAUGUAUCUUUUCCUAUCUUACCUUUCCUUCUUAUUAACUCGUCCUUUUGUCUUGUGUAGUAUUUUAUUGUUAAAAAGUUUUUAUAAAUGUUCUGAUGUGAAAUGCUAAUGUGAUUUCUUAUCAGCUGUGCCUGCAUCAUUUGCAACUGUGAGUGGUUGGUGAUGCCUAAUUUGUUGUCCAGGCUAUCACUGGCUGCCUCAUUAGAUCUUCUGUGAAUCUUUUAAUGAAUACACCCUACAUAUACAUGUGCUUUUAAUGACAUGCCCCACAUAUACACAUGCUUCUAAUGAACACAGCCCACAUAAAACACAUGCUUUGCUAACCGUGCUUCCUUCACAUAUCCAUCUACAUUUACUUCUGCAAUCAGGGCACCUCUUGUUCACAAGGAUUUGGCAACAUCAUCAAUGACAGCAUAUAUAGCUUAGGUUUAUGUUUGACAUGCACUUGAAAAAAAAUGAUCCUGAUCUAUGUGCCAGGCAUGAACAUAAUUGAGAACAUUGGUCUUGCAAUGAAAUAGUCAAGCUGUAUAGUCACCAUCUUGAUCUGAACAUUGUAUGCCACACAGUCAGCGAAAGGUGAUCAAUAUUAUUGAUUUUCAUUUUGUGCAGUGAACUAUUAUAACUAGCAGAUAUAUAUGCUCUUUCUUGGCUCCAUUUUCUUCAGGCAUGUAGCAAGUCAGUAAUUUUCAAUUUUGUUUAUUCCUAUGCUGGAAGCAUAGAUCUUUAUGGUGCCACGGUUGUUUGUUUUUAUUUUUUUAACUUUUUGUAGUUCCAUAUCAUUAAAAGUGGACUCAGAAAAAAGCUUAUAUGAAUUACUUAUAACUGGUUAAUCAGUAGAGGUGUCCGGUGUUUACAGUUUUGACUUUUUGUUAAUGUGCAAUGGCUUAAUGGGACAUCGGCAACAGAACUGCUGUUAGCAUGUCAACCAUUUUGCUUUACUCAGUCAUUAUAUUUGCAGCAAGCUAACCCUUCCCUGUGGGGAACAAUUUUAUUAGUGCAGUUGAUAGUUUUACCAGCAUAUAAGUUUUUUCCCCUUAUUUUUGGAUUUUUUCUUGUUACUAACCUUAUCCCAUAUUCUAAAUAGGCUAGCUGUGUUUUUUUAUGCUUUUGUAAAGAGCUCAAUAGUUCUACUAUACUGUUAUUAAAUUAUCAGAGAAAAUUAAAACUUUUACAUCAUUAAUUAGCAAGAUA